AUGACUUUUGGUCCCUUGGAACACGGUAAAACGACAGCGGAAGAUCAAGCCAACAGCAUUGCAAAAGAGAUGAAGGACAUGGUGGAGUUUCUGAAGAGCGAAAUGUUUCGGGCGCAAAGGAUACAAGAGGAGUCGGCUAACCUAAAUCGUUCUCCUGCCCUCCGACCCUCCAAGAAGUUUGAUUGGAAACGGAUUGGCCCUUACAGCAUCAAACGAAUCGUCAACCCCUAUGCUUAUGAACUAGAACUUCCCCGCUCCAUGAAGAUCCAUCCAGUAUUCCACGUUUCAUUGUUAUCACCUGAAGCGGGUAACCCAUUACCUGGACAACAACAGUCACCACCACCUCCAGUCGAGAUCGAAGGGGAGGAAGAAUGGGAAGUCGAGGAUAUUGUGGACUCUAGGAAACGAAGGGGUGGCUUUGAGUACCUGGUACGAUACACUGGAUACGAUGAUGCCUCUUGGCAACCGCUAUCGGACCUUGAGCAUUCACCUGAUAUUGUUCGACGGUUUCAUGAACGUUAUCCACAGAAACCUAAUCCUACCAGGAGGUAG